UAAACAUCUUAUUCGAAUGAAAACAGUUCGUGUUGAAACAAGUUUAAUUUAGUGAUAAUUAACUAAAUUAAGUGAUUAAAUAAGUGAAAAAUGAGUGGAAGUAAUCCAUGCCCUGAUGAUACCUUUAAGAUAUUACUUACAACCGAUAAUCAUUUAGGUUAUGGCGAAAAAAAACCUAUUAUAGAUCAAGAUUCUUUUCGAACUUUCGAAGAAAUACUUAAACUAGCCGUUAAGAAAAAUGUCGAUAUGAUUCUUUUAGGUGGUGAUUUAUUUCAUGAUGUUCAACCGACCAAUUAUACAUUAUUUAAAUGUACCGAGUUAUUAAAAAAGUAUUGCUUAGGGGAUCGACCCGUUGCUAUUGAAUUUUUAUCAGAUCCAACUGAAAAUUUUCGACAAUCUAACCCUAUUGUUAAUUACGAGGACCAAAACAUGAAUAUAUCAAUACCUGUUUUUUCCAUACACGGAAAUCAUGAUAACCCAUCAGGUGCCCAACAAGUAUCUGGUUUAGACAUAAUCUCAGCAACGGGAUUGGUAAAUUAUUUUGGUAGAGUUACAGAUAUAAAAAAUGUAACAAUAACUCCAAUAUUAUUAAAAAAAGGGUCAACAAAAAUCGCUCUUUACGGUUUAUCUCAUAUUCCUGAUCAACGUUUAGCUCGCUUAUUUCAUGAGAAAAAAGUUUCAAUGUUACAACCAGAAGGAGAUGAUUGGUUCAACAUUUUAGUUUUACAUCAAAAUCGAGCGAAUAGAGGCUCAAAAAAUUUCAUCCCAACAAGUGUCAUUCCAAGUUUUAUUGAUUUAGUUUUAUGGGGUCAUGAACAUAACUGUGACAUCGAACCAGUUCAAUUAGAACAUGGUCCCCACAUAACUCAACCUGGAAGUUCCGUAGCAACUUCUUUAUGCGAAGGCGAAUCUAUAGAGAAAAAGAUUGGGAUUCUAAGAGUUUUUAAUAAAUCAUUUAGUAUUAACCCAAUUCCAUUAGCUACGGUUCGUCCUUUAAUGUUUUCGAGUAUAACAUUAAAAUGUCCUGAUAGAGAUGAAGAUUAUAAUUCCGCGGAUCCAAAAGAACAAGCGAAACAGGAAGUUCGUGCGGAAGUUGAUAAGUUAAUUUUUGAGGCUAUUAAAAGACAAGAAUUAGCUGGGGCUGAUUCUUUAAUGCCUUUCGUAAGAUUAUUUGUGAGAUAUUAUUGCGAAACGCAAGUUUUUAAUGCAAUUCGAAUGGGACAUGAUUAUGAGGAUAGAGUUGCUAACCCUACGAGUAUGUUUAAAUUGGUUAAUAUGAAUUUGAGAACGUCGUAUAAAGUACCAGAUUUACCAGGAAUUGACCCACGAAUUAUGGAUGAAGAUAUUAUACAUUCAGGAAGACUUGAUGAUCAUAUAAAUGAUUAUUUUAAUCAUCCAGAUCGCGUGACUGAAAUGUCUAUUUACUCUACAAAAGUUUUAACUAGAGCAGUACAAAAAUGUGUUGACUCUGAUGAUUUAGAUGCUAUCGCUCAUGCAAUAGAAAUGCAAGAAAGAGCUACUUUAGAUAAAUUAAUAGAACUAAAUCCUACAAAAGAAGAUUUUGACGACUGUUUUAAGAGGGUUAAAGAUCAAAGAUUGCAAGAUGAAGACAAAGAAAUUACUGAUUUAAUUAAUACAUUAAACAACCCAAAUAGGCCAAAACCUAUAAAUAUUGUUGUUGAUGUUGAUGAUAAUGCUGGUGGCAAUGUCGUUAAUAUUAAUUUAACAGAUGAUCAAAAUGAACAAUCAACUUCGACAGCUAAACCAACAAGAGGUAAAGGUUCUAGGGGACGUAAAGCUGCUUCUACAACAAAACAAACUCCUCGUGGCCGUGGUCGAGCUAGCAAAGCAAAAAAUUAAGUUAUACUGAAAUGUAUACAAUUAUUUAACAUUUAAAUUUAUUUUAUUCAAAGAAAUAUGGAUAAUAAUUCCCGUGUUUAUAAUUUUGUUUACCCACUAAUCUUUAUUUUUCUUUACAUUGUGCAGUCAUAUAAUCAUAAAUUUAUUUAUUUAUGUACAUAGGACACAGCACAGGACGAACUCCAUAAAAGCUGUGUCACUGAAAAGUUGUGUUGGCGAAAGUGGUUCAAGCAUGUCUAUUCUUUGCCCUUAAGUCUAAAAUCAAUUGUAGACAUGAUUUUUUUGCUGGUCGCUCUGUUGAGAGUAACUUGCUUGAAUACAUCCACUAUAUCUUAUCUUCUCUGGAUGAUUCUUGUCAAGUUGAUUGAGUAUAUACGGAUUUUAGUAAAGCUUUCGACCGGGUGGAUCACACAACUUAAUUUUGUUUAAACUAAUGAAGUUUGGUAUUCAGGGGAACUUUUACAAUGGUUUGCUUCCUAUCUGAAGGAGAGAUGCCAGAUUGUUUCGGAUUGUUUGUUGGUUUUACGUUGAUAAAUAUGCUUUUUAAAUAAACAAAUAAAUCAAUAAAAUAAUAAGCAGUAAAGGAAUGUAGUUGGUAUAAUUGGUUGCCUACACUGCUUGAACUUAAAAAUUUUGUUUAUCAAAUAAAUUUUUAUUUCACUAUCA